AUGGGGAGGCUUGACGUCGAACAAGGCCAUGAAACUGUCCUCUCCCUUCUCUGCUGCCGGGAAUGGCAAUGGGCCGGCGAACUCUGGGACUUCGUGAAAUUCCUGCCUGACGGCACCGGCGAGCUCCAACUCGCCGGCCAAACAACAAUCUUCGUCGCGUAUGUCUUCCACUGGCGCGCCCUCGACGCGUCGAUCCUUGCCCAGCCCGCAGCCGUCGCCCUUCCCGCCCGUUUCGAGCUCGAAAUCACCCUCACCCGCGACGUGAUCUCGUACUGGCAGCAGCACGCCACCUCUCUGAGAGCCGACCGAUGCCUGAACGAAAUCGCAUUCGAGCCGCGCACCAUUGCUUUCACCCUCGAGAAAGGCUGUUUCGGACCCGAGUGGGAGCGCGUACCGUUCUUCAGCUUUGAGCGACAGCAGUACUUCUAUGGGAGAUUUGGCUUGCGGUUGUGCUUUGAGGAAAGCCCGUACCCGCCGAUCGAUGCGUGGCAUGAGGUUCCUGGCCCUGGUAGCUGUCGGCAGACGUGGAAAUGGCACUAUCUUGUGAGCGAGCGGCUGCCGCACCGUUUUGAAGACGAUGUUCCUCUGUUGCAUUACUUUGGGCCGUGGGUACGAGAGCGAUGGCGCGAUGUACUUUUCGUGGUAUUGGCAGUGGUGGCCUUUUGCUUGUUGCUUGUUUGGUACCACGCUGUUGGAUAA